GUCCUCAGCCGGGGCCUGGCAAGAUGGCGGCAGCGGCAGUUGCAUUGGGGGCGGAGGAACCCGAGCUGUGCCUGGAGCUGCUGCCCACCGACCCCCUGCUGCUCAUCUUCUCCUUCCUGGACUAUCGGGACCUCGUCAGCUGCAGUUGUGUCAGCCGACGAUUAAACCAACUAUCAAACCAUGAUCCUCUCUGGAGAAGACAUUGCAAAAAAUAUUGGCUUUUGUCAGAGGCAGAAAAAACGCAGAAGAACAAAAGUUGGAAAACUCUCUUCAAAGACACUUACAUUGAUUUGGGAAGAUAUAUUCAACAUUAUGCUACUCUUAAAAAAGCCUGGGAUGAUCUGGAGAGAUACUUGGGACAGAGGUGUCCAAGGAUGAUUGGAUCUCUGAAAGACAGUGUGGAGGAGCGUGAGCUUGAUGCUGUGGAAGCACAGAUUGGGUGCAAACUUCCCAAUGACUAUCGAUGCUCCUUUCGGAUCCACAAUGGGCAGAAGCUGGUGGUUCCUGGGUUGAUGGGAAGCAUGGCCCUCUCCAGUCACUACCGCUCUGAGGAUUUGUUGGACGUCGACACAGCCGCUGGAGGAUUCCAGCAGAGGCAGGGCCUGAAGCAGUGCCUACCUCUCACUUUUUGCAUACCUACUGGGUUGAGUCAAUAUAUGGCAUUGGAAAGUGUAGAAGGCCGCAUCAAGUAUGAGAUCUUCUAUCAGUGUCCAGACCAGAUGGCUCGGAAUCCAUCGGCAAUCGAUAUGUUUAUUACAGGUGAUUCUUAUACAGAAUGGUUCACCUCUUACGUGCACAAUGUUGUGACAGGGGGCUACCCUAUCAUCCGAGACCAGAUUUUCAGGUAUGUUCACGAUAAGGGAUAUGUGGCAACAACUGGAGACAUCACAGUGUCAGUGUCCACAUCAUUUCUCCCAGAGCUUAGUUCUGUACACCCACCUCACUACUUCUUCACUUACCGAAUCAGGAUUGAGAUGUCUAAAGAUGCCCUUCCUGAGAAGACUUGUCAGUUAGACAGUAGAUAUUGGAGAAUCACCAACGCCAAAGGUGAAAUCGAAGAGGUUCAGGGGCCCGGAGUGGUGGGAGAGUUCCCCAUCCUUACCCCUGGCCGAGUGUAUGAGUACACCAGCUGUACCACCUUCUCCACCACAUCAGGCUACAUGGAAGGACAUUACACCUUUCACCUCCUUUACUACAAGGACAGGAUAUUCAACGUGGCCAUUCCUAGGUUCCAUAUGGUGUGUCCCAACUUCAAGGUCUCCACCACCCCAAGGGAAACCAGCCACGAUGAAUGUUCUGUGAUCGAGGAAGAUGAAGAAGAAGAUUCCACAGAUUCUGAUGACUACGAUGGGCCCAGACUCGUCAGCUAUUUAAAAUUGGAUAUUAGAUCAUAA